GACUUUCCUGACGGUAUAGAAAAUCCACACACAUCGUUAUCGACCAUAUCGAUUUUUCAUAUCAAACCGCUGACUAAUCCCCAUGAAAAAUUCAGAUUCUCUUAUCCGUCGCAAUGGCUGCCGCCGUUACAAAUUCUAACAAAAAGGAGAAGCGCGGCGUCGCCAUUUUCGGGGUACCCGCGGGUUGGGAUGUUUUCGGAGGAGCUGCACCUGCGUACGGCGGCGGAAGUGCUUGGGCACCCAGCGCGGUUUUCAACGGAGGAUGGGGGAGCCCCGACCUGGCCUUGGGUCAGAUCCAACUGCAGGCUACGCACAACGUCGCUCUUCAGGCCCUGAAGAACCCUACGGGUACCCCAAGCAUCGCUUAUCCGCCCGAAGUCGUUCAGGCGGUCCAACAGGCCAAGGAUGCGAGCCACAACGUUCUGAUAGCUCAGCAAAGAGUCGCGGAAGCGAAACAGGCCGCUCUUAUUCAGCAGAAAAUCGCCCUGGCCAAAGAAGCCAAUGCCAGAGAAGCGGCGCACAGAUCCGAAGAAAUUUCCGCCCAUGCUCAGGCAGAGGCCAGAGCCAGCGCCAGGCAGCUCGUGGCCUCCCAGCAGAGACUGGCAACGCUGAAAGACGCCGUUGCAGCUGCUCAGAGAGUCGCCGCUGCCAGAGAAGCGGCCGCAGCUGCAGCUAUCCAGAGAACAGCCUCGGCAACCGCCGCCGAAUUGCGAAAACAGGACGUCGAUAAGCAGAUCAGUAUAAGCGAGGAGGAAGCCAGGCAAAAAGACAUCGUUGCUGCCAAAGAAAACGCCAUCGCUAACGCACUCCAACAUGCUCCAGCCGAGAAGCCCUCUUAUUCUCCAUGGGGUUGAUCAUCUUAUUUUAUAAUAAACCAGAACGAGGAAGAUAGAUGAAAAAAAAAAAAAAAACAUUGAGACUGUAGCCAAAAUGCAUUUAUAUCGUUGAGUUUCUAGUUAUUAAUUUUUUUCUAGGAUAAAAUACGGUGCUGGUUAUUUUUGUUGGAUUAAUGUACGAAGAUGUAUUUUUUUUAUUUUACAUACUCGUAUUAAUAUUACUCGUUACAAAUAAAUAUGAUUGCAAUCACUAGCUGCGUUCGUUUUUCAUAAUUCCCGAUCAUCGAACAAUCCCUUCGAAAAGUCUGCUUGUAGAUGAAAUUGAAAGUUGCAACGGGAAAGAAACUGGAAAAAAAAGUGAGAAUGAAAAAACGUACUCCCGAUAUCAAAAGCUACGUACACUCGUCGGCGGUCAAACGCACUUUCGAUUCAACCAACGGAUGUUACCGCAGAUAUUUCUCCAGCUGUAAUUAAUCAUAACGCGUAUAUACAUAUAUGCAUACCAACGAUCGCGGUGCGAUAAGUUGAAAAUUAUU